GCAGCGCGCGUCGGAGCCGCAGUCGUCGCACAACCAUCUCGUCGUGACUCGUUUUCCGCUUACACACAUACCUCUCGCUGCGACUACUGCGCGCGCGCACUCGCCGACGACCGUUGCGUUUUUAAAUUUAAAAUCCGCGCCACCAAAACGGAAGAGGCCGUCGCGAUUGCAAUUCUCUCUUCGCCGGUGUUCCCAACCACGUGUGUUGUGCAGUGCGUGUGGUACAAAUGCUAGUGCAAGUGAUAUUGUGCGUGUCUCUCACGGUGAUAAUGUAACUGCGUUUCUUACACGAAGUCGCCUUCCAACGAAACAAAAAAAGAGACAUUCAUAUGUGGUGCGUUUUACAUUACCAUCUUCUCUCACUCUCACACUCACACAUUGCACUGCAGCGCUGGUGAUAGGAAGUAGCAGAACGCACAAAGCCCACGAGAAGAGCGAGCUUGCUUUGCUCGGGGUGCUAUAGGGCGCUAGGGGUGCGAAAUACGAUGGAGAUUGAGCGACGCAAGUACAAGAGCGGCAGUACAGUGCGUUCGAGCACAGCGAGAAGUAACGGUUGCGCGGGUGGCAGUAGCACCGCGGCGGCCGGUGGCGGUGUCGGCGCGGCCAGCGGCGGCGCACAUUAUCGCCUACUCGUGGGCGCGCGGCCCUCUUCGUGCGAAGUGCGUCGCGCCUACAAGGCGGCGGUGGUGCCGUGCAAGACGGGGCGGCGACGCGCCCGUGGCAUGAGCAUGGGCCAGAAGGUCUCCACCGGUGUUAAGGUCGUGAAUCGGGACACGGCCGCCCCAUACAAACCCGUUAUCCCUAGGGAACUAGCACAAGAUUUUGCGCGACCCCCCAGACUCGACAUGUUGCUGGAUAUGCCACCAGCGCUACGCGAGACCCAGCUGAAAUACAGCUGGAAUGCGGACGACCGCUCGUUGAACAUCUUCGUCAAGGAGGACGACAAGCUCACCUUCCACCGACACCCCGUCGCGCAAAGCACCGACUGCAUCCGCGGAAAAGUCGGCUUCACAAAGGGCCUGCACACGUGGGAAGUGUGCUGGAGCACACGACAGCGUGGCACACAUGCUGUCGUCGGUGUUGCCACCGCCGAGGCACCCCUGCACAGUGUUGGCUAUCAAAGCCUCGUCGGUAGCACAGAUAUGUCCUGGGGCUGGGAUUUAGGUCGCAACAAAUUGUACCACGACGCGAAGAAUAACGCGGGUGUUACAUACCCUGCGCUAUUGAAACCGGACGAAACCUUCAUCGUGCCGGACAAGUUCCUCGUCGUCUUGGACAUGGACGAGGGCACGCUGAGCUUUGUCGUCGAUGGGCAAUACCUGGGCAUUGCAUUUCGCGGCCUCAAGGGCAAAAAGCUCUACCCAAUCGUGUCGGCCGUAUGGGGCCAUUGCGAAAUCACGAUGAAGUACAUUGGUGGCCUUGAUCCCGAACCAUUACCAUUGAUGGAUCUGUGUCGCCGCGUGAUCCGACAGCGGCUUGGCAAGCAGCAUCUGGACGACAAAGUGACGUCACUGGCUCUGCCUGCCGCCCUGCAGACCUACCUGCUCUACCGCGAUCGAAGAUAAUAUCUGUUGCUGCGCCAGUUGCUCUACCAGCUGCAGCACCGUCAGCGGGCCGGCGAGCUGGACUCUGAGGACGACGAGGAUGACGACGCGACGGCCGUGGCUGCGGCGAUGGCGGAGGAGUAGAGCGCGCGGUGCCGUCUCACCGUUGCCCCUCUCACCCAUUUAACUUUUAAUGCAAAAUUAUAAAAGUGUACCCACAUACCACGUUCACUCGCAAAGGCAUAGCUCCCCGCCGGGAGGGAAGGCGAACGUACGAAGCACACGGAUUCGCGUGUGGAUGGCUUAAGUCGAGCGGAGCGCGAACGCGUUUAUCAUGGCUUCCAAUUAAUUUUUAUUUUGAGACACCCUCGCCGCCCCAAAUUCGCCCCGAACGCUCUCCGCGCACUGAGAAGCAGCUUUCAUUUUUAGUUGCUUGACUCGUGUUUUUAUUAAAUAUUAUAGCCUUUCUUUCUUUAUUAUUUUUUUGUUACUUAUUGAUAGUUGCUGCUCUUUAGCUGCUUGCAUGAAAUGAUGAAAAGACGACACGCAGACCAAACCGAAAAACGCAAUGUAAAGCGAAGCAAAAAGAUCUCAUAGCAUAUUUAUGUAAAUGUAUUUGUAGAGAGCUGCGUUUCUACGAUUUUAAGAAGCGUUUAAGCGAAAACAGAUGUGUAAAUAUGUGCCGCCGACAUUUGGGCGUUGACGGAUGUAAAUAGUUGGAAAACGAGGCGGACGCGUCACAUUGUCUUUGGACGGAGCAUGCGCGCGCGUCCGUCGAGUUCCGGUUUUGUUUGCCGUGAUCCGCGUCUCGUUUCCGCUCGCAGACAACCAUAGUUACAGCAACAUUUAAAUUUGAGACAAUUUCUGCGCGAAAACCAAGCGUACGCAAACAUCUGUGGGCAGUCUAGACUUAUUUUUGUAUAUAUUAUUCUUAAUUGCUAAAUUUAAUUAUUGUAGUUAGGUACUUUUUGUUUUAUCUCGACGGUCCUUUUUAUUGUGCAACUAGAAGAGAAACGAAGGGACUAUUGACUACUUGUAAUAUGUUUAGUUAUAAGUGCCAGUUUUACGCCCAUUCCCGGAGGUCCUCCUCCUUUCUCCCUCCUUCCCGUCCCCAAUGCUCCGGAAAACACACACACCCUUGGAAGCUGCAGGAAUUUUAUUAAUAACAUGAAAAUGUGCAAGAAAAAGGAGAUGAACAAUUGUGUGUUUAUGUAAUUUAUAAAAGUAAUAUAAGUAUUCGAAUGCUAAAGAUUUUGGAAGUGCUGUCGUGUCGCAAUCGCAAGCACGCGGACAUGAGCGAACAAUUGUUAAUUAUAUUUACGAGAAACUUGUACUUCCCGGUCUUUCCGAGCAAUGAUAAUUUCUUUUUGUUUUCUUGUCGGACGCCCCUCUGGCGCGAAAGGGAAUUUAUUUAUUAAGACUAAUUUUUCGUUUUUAAAUCAAGGAGAAACAUAAUUAACACGUCUCUCGUAAGUCGUAACGUAACGAUUAAAAUAUAUGAUCUAUAAAUAUAUAAAUACUGAUGAUAAAUUAAACAAACCUAUGAUAAAGUGUAAGUAAUAAGUAACAAAAAUUGAGAAUGAGUAAAAUCGCAAAAUUUUA